AUGUCAUUGCUACAAAAUGAGAAUACAGCUGAUCAGUUUGAGGAACAACUCUUCGACAUAUUUAGGAAUUAUAGAGUACCACGAGACUUAUAAUCAAACUCAAAGCUAAGAAAAAAUAGCACCACAAGCUAUCUAGCAAAUGAUAAAAUUAGUAGUUCGUCAUUGUCUUUGAAUUUGGAUUAAUAAUCUACUGAGGAAAGAGAGAGUUUCAUAGAUAAAAUCUAAGAAAACCCUCCAAAAGAUUACUAACCAACUCAAUUGAAUAUUGGUAGUACCAUUAAUACUUAAAACGAUCUGGAAAAUUAGAAAAAAUAAGCCUGUCGGUAAACAAAGGGCGAUUUCUAAAAUAGACUCUACUUAAAGAAAUCGAAAGUCAAUUCUCUUAAGUCAAAGGAAUAAAUUCAAUAUCUAGAAUCACAGUUCAUCAAGAGCUAGCGUUGGAAAAGUGAAAGGAUCAAAAAGAUGUCACAUGAAGUUGGUUUAUCAUUCUAUCAGAUCUAUAAGUGGAACUGGGAUCGUAGAAUGGCCUUAAAAUAAUAUCACGAGAAUAAUAAAUACGUUGACUGCAGAUAUAUAAAAAUUUUUGAAGUAAUAAAAUAUCCAAGAAACUAAUAAGAAUUAUAAAAGAGUAAAGAAGAAGGAGAUGACAUAAAUGAUUAUAGAAUCUUCAAAGCAGGAAAAAUUUGA